CUGCUGUGGCCCUGCCCUAAAAGGAAGCUGGCAGAGUCACGUGAGCGAGAUUCCGGGAGGAGUGCACAUGCGUAUUCCAGCUCUGGGCUCUGUCUCCUCAGUGCUAGGGAAGCUUGCAGGGUCCGUGAGAGAGGGAGGACAGGAAUGCCCACCGGCGUGUCAGUCGUGGGAUGAGGAUCGCAGUGCACAGGCGCAACACAGUUGGCUUCCCCUUCCCCCUCUUCACUAUAGAUUCCGGGAUAUAGCUCUUCCCGAAGUCAGCAAGAUAGAGGAGAAGGAAGGAGGGACUUCUGGAGGCCUGGCUGCCAGGUUUCAGGAAUCUUUGACAUUCAAGGAUGUGGCUGUGGAGUUCACCUGGGAAGAGUGGAGACACCUGGAUUCUGCCCAGAGGGCCCUGCACAGGAAUGUGAUGUUGGAGAACUAUGAGAACCUGGUCUCCAUAGGGAUUCCCGUUUCCAAACUAGAUUUGCUCUUCCUGUUGAAGAGAGAAGAUGUACAGAAUGAAGAGGGAGAAGCUGGGACAGGCGCUUGUAUAGAAGGAAAGAUCAGACUUGAAAUGAAAGAGAUGACUGCAGAGCUAAGCCUGUCUGGGGACGAAACUCAGAGGCAAAGAUGCAUCGGUGAUGGUGCCUGUGAUUCCACUUGGAGAGAAAACUUGGAUGUACAUCAGAAAUUCCACACUGAAUGGAAAGCUUACGGAUGUAAUCAGUGUGGUAAAACAUUCACACAGAGGUCCAGUCUCAUUGUACAUCAGAGAAUCCACACUGGAGAGAAACCUUUUGAAUGUAAUCAGUGUGGAAAGGCUUUUACACAGAAGGCUCAUUUUACUGCACAUCAGAGAAUCCACACUGGAGAGAAACCUUUUGAAUGUAAUCAGUGUGGAAAGGCUUUCAGAGGUAGGUACGGUCUCAUACUACAUCAGAGAAUCCACACUGGAGAGAAACCUUUUGAAUGUAGUCAGUGUGGAAAAGCUUUUACAGACAGGUCCUCUUUUAGUGUACAUCAGAGAAACCACACUGGAGAGAAACCUUUUCAAUGUAAUCAAUGUGGUAAAACAUUUGCAAAGAGAGCUGCUCUUCCUGUACAUGAGAGAAUCCACACUGGAGAGAAACCUUUUAAAUGUAAUCAGUGUGGAAAGGCUUAUACCCAGAAGGCUGGUCUUAUCAUACAUGAGAGAGUCCACACUGGAGAGAAACCUUAUGAAUGUAAUCAAUGCGGUAAAACAUUUGCAAAGAGAGCUUAUCUUACUCUACAUCAGAGAAUCCACACUGGAGAGAAACCUUUUGAAUGUAAUCAAUGUGGAAAGACUUUUACACACAAGUCUGGUCUUACUUUACAUCAGAGCGUCCACACUGGAGAGAAACCUUUUGAAUGUAAUCAGUGUGGAAAGGCUUUCAGACUCAAGUACAGUUUUAAUCUACAUCAAAGAAUCCACAAUGGAGAGGCUCCUUUUGAAUGUCAUCAAUGUGGAAAGGCUUUUACACAGAAGGCUCAUUUUACUGCACAUCAGAGAAUCCACACUGGAGAGAAACCUUUUGAAUGUAAUCAGUGUGGAAAAGCUUUUAAACAAAUUUCCAGGCUUACUGUACAUCAGAGAAUCCACACUGGAGAGAAACCUUUUGAAUGUAAUCUCUGUGGAAAGGCUUUUACACACAAAUCUGGUCUUACUGUACAUCAGAGAAUCCACACUGGAGAGAAAUCUUAUGACUGUUACCGGCUUAGUAAAAUCCUCAGUCAAAAGUCAACACUUAUUUCCCCUCAGGCACUGCCAAGACAGUAAACAACAGUCCUUGGCGGCAGCUGUGUGCACCCCAGCCAUACCUUUGGGAACUUUUGCUCUACUGAUGACCCUGGGGUCGCCUGCUAACUAAAGGAAGAUUGCAGGACCCUCCACUGGCCCUGGACGUGGGGCCUCAGCACAUUGAUCAGACAUGGUCCCAGGCUGUGCCUAAUGAUGGAGGAGCGCACAAGUAAGAGCAAUGGUUUUGUCUCACUUGGAAGUAAUCCAAGGCUAAGGUUCACAUAAUCAAGCUGAAUCCCUUUCCUUUUCCCGAUGGAAUCAUGAGUAUGAUUAGUACUUCAAUUUAGGAAGAUGAGAAAUAGAGACUGCUUGGUGUCUCAUGGCAGGAGACUUCAGGGGCCUAGAAAGGAGCCUCCAUGAUCUUCAGUGUAAGGUCUAGUCAUUUAAAUCAAGAAAAAGAGAGUCACAUACUGAAGCCAGAGCGUGCAUUGACUACUAGGAAAGACAUCAGAAUGCAGAAUAGAGAUUGAGAUUGAGGCCUAGUAUCAGCCCUGGCCUAGUCUAUUAGUCAGUAAACAUUAAUGAAGCACCUACUAUGUUCUAGCCUCUGAGGACACAAAGGGAAACAAAACACAGUCCCUGUUGUCAGAGCUCCGAAUCUAGUAUACAAACAUAGUGAUAGUCAAGAAGCAGUAAAAGAUCAUAAACCUGACUGUUAAAUGAUCCAGGGAAAAGAGGGUGUUUUAUGAAUGGAAAUUCAUUUAAUUAAACAGGGAAAUAAGUGAAUAGAAGUAUGAGAACAAUUCAGUUUAAGAAGGGCAGAAUUGGGGAACAAAGAGUAAAAAUCAAAAUCAUAAGGAAAAAAAGUAAUAUCUAGCAGUUAAAUAGCACCUACUGUAUGCAGUGCAUUUUAUCAAUAUUACCUCAUUUGGUUCUCAUAAGAAUCAUAAGGGUUAAAAUUCUUAUUACUUUAUCCAUUGUGCCACUUAGCUACUUAAUUGGAAUUGGUUGAUGAGAGCAGUUUGUUUCAGUACCAUGAAUGUAGCUGAAGCAAACACUAUGGAAGCAUUUAGAGUUUGAUCAGACAUCAACGACUCCAAGAUAAUUCACCGUAUCUGGGGGCAUUGCAAGUAAUCUUGUCUUUUGCAAUAUGAGCAAUAUGGAAAUCAGUUUUAUAUGACUGCACAUGUAUAAUCUAUAUCAGAUUGCUUGCCAUCUCAAGGAGCAGGAUAUGAAAGUAGGGAGGGAGAGAAUUUGAAACUCAAAAUUAAAAAAAAAAUGCUGGGUCACCAGAGCCAAGAUAGCAGACAGAAAUCAGGGAUUUACCUAAGGUUUCCCAAAUUCUCCUCGAUAUGAUUAAAUGUCUCAAAACAUUCUGGAACAGAAGAAUUCCAAAAAGGAUGAGGUUCAAGAAUUUUUUUGCCUAGAGACUUUAGAAGGCCAGCAAGAAAGAUCAAUCCCACCAUGGUUAAAGUGGAGCAAAGUCUAGCGCAGGCUAUACCUUAACAGAAUAAUAGCAAAGCCAUGCCUUACUCUGUCAGCAGCAAAGCCAUGUGCCCUGACCCAUCAGCAGCAGGCCCUUAAGGGAACUGAACUGGCAGAAACAACUUCUGGAGCUCUUAGUCCACAGACAGUAAGGGCAGGGGGUGGUCAGACAAUUUAACAGGAGAUCAGAGGUCCUUUUUCUAGCAUUGUGUGCAGGAGUCUGUUUCAUAGCUCAUAUGUGGGUUCUAGUUCCAGGCCUGGUGGCAGUCCCAAUGUAAGAACUACCAGUGCGACAAGCACUAGAAGUAAUAGAAUUUGCACCCAUGAGGGAUUUGGGAUGUUGAUCACAGUUCCAAAAUGUGAAAUAAAAGGGUGGUUAUUCACAGUCCAGAGUAUAGGUCAAGAGAGUAGUGAACAUACCUCUUUGUAUAUCACAUCACCUUGGAAGAAGUGAAAAUGUAUAGAACCACUCAACCCCGUUCCAACACCACCUCUUAAAGCACUUAUAUUAAAAAAAAAAUACCAAGCUUCUAACAAUGCCUCCUCUACCCAGGAGCAGACUUAAAAUUUAGCAUAAAAGUCAAGAAAUAGGCUAAGGAAAUGAACAAACAACUUUGAAAAAGCACUUCACCAUAAAAAGUUACUGUGGUGACAAAAAGAUCAAAACAAACUGAAAAUGACAAAGUCUCAAUGAAAAAUGUGAAUUGAUUUCGGGAACAAAAAAUCCUAGAAGAGCUGAAAAAAAAGAUUUUAAAACUCAAAUAAGAGAAAUAGAGGGAAAUUGAGAAAAUAAUUGAGUGAUAAAUAAAAUAAAAUUUUUUAAAUGGUCUGUAGUUUGGCAAAGGAGGCACUAAAAUACUGAAUAAAAAGAUAUUAAAAAACAAUAAACGAAGCGUUGAAAAGGGUACCAAAAUCCAUUGAAAAAAGGAACUUCUUUAAAAUCAAAAUUGGCCAAAUGAUAUAAGAGAUACAAAUAUAUAUUGAAGAGAACUUCUUAAAAAGUAGAACUAGCCAAAUGGAAGAGACUCUAAAUGAACACCGUAAUGAGAAUAUCAACAACAUAGAAAUGAGUUCGAAGCAAGGACACAUGUGAUACCCAGUGGAAUCGUUCGUUGGCUAAGGGAGGAGUGGGAAGAGGGGGGGGGGGUGGAAAAGAAAAUGAUCUUUGUUUCCAAGGAAUAAUGUUUGAAAAUGAACAAAUAAAAUAAAAAAAAUAGAGCUAGUCAAAUGGAAAGUAGAGCUACAAAAGUUAAAUGAAGAAAAUAAUUCCUUAGAAAUUAGAAUUGGGCAAGUGGAAACUAAUGCCUCCAUGAGAUGUUAAGAAAUAUUUUAAAUCAAAAGAAUAAAUAAAUAGAAAAAAAGUGAAAUAUCUCAUUGGAAAAAUAUCUGACCUGGAAUCAAUGCAGGAGAGAAAAUUGAAUGACUGUACAAGCUAAAAGCUAGGAUUAAAAAAAAAAAAAGCUAAAUUCCAGGACUCCCAGAUUAAGCAGGAAAUAUAGCAAACAAUCCCCUGAAUUGAAACAAAAUUCAAAUAUUGUGUAGUCAUUAUACCACAAGAUUUAGCAGCUUUGAUAUUAAAUGAUUGGUGAAUUUGGAAUAUGAUAUUCCAGAGUGUAAAAGAACUAGGAUUACAACCAAGCAUCAUCCACCCAGUAAAACUGAGUACAAAUAUUCAUGAGGAAAAAAAUGAAUGUUCAGUGAAAUAGAGGUCUCCUCAAGCACUCUUUGUCAAAGGGACAGAGCUGAAAAGAAAAUCUGAUUUUCAAAUAUAAAUCUCAAGAGAUGCAUAAAGGAAAAGAAAUCCUAGAUCAGUCAGUAAAUUUAAGCUGCUUAUGUUCCUACAUGAAAAGAUGAUAUUUAUAAUUCCUAGGAACCUUAUCGUUAGAUGGGCAUGGGUAUGAGUUUAUAAUGAGAUGAAUGCAUAAAAAAAUUAAGGGGUGAGAAGGAUGCAUUUUAAGGAGGAAGGGAGAAGUAGAAUGGGGUACUUUAUCUCACAAAAAAAGUCAAAGAGCUUUUGAAGUGGAGGGUUAGAUGGAGUUGGGGAGAAGCACUUAAAUUUAAUUGAAAUUGGCUCAAAGGGCAAACAGCAUACACACAACUGAGUAUAGAAAUACACUUUGCCUUCUAAGAGAAUAGGGAAGGGAUAAGAAAAGAGAAUUGGUUAAUUGGAAGAGGCAAUAGUCAUAAGCAAAACACUUGCGAAUGAAAGGAGAAAAGCAAGUAAGAUAAACGGGAAAAUAGGAUGGAGGAAAAUACCCAGUUAAUCCUAAUGUAAAAAAAAUUACAGCAAGUUUCUCUAAAUAUGAAGAAUAUAUAUGUAUAUUUAGGGAAAUAAAAGUUAAAAUACCUCAGAUACUUAACGUUACACCUAUGUGAUAGGCUAAUAGAAAAAAGAAAAAUGACAAAUGGGGGAAAUGUGGGAAAAUUGAGAUGCUUAUGUAUUGUUGGUGAAACUAUGAACUGAUUCAAACAUUCAUGAGAACAAUUUAGAAGCUUGCUCAAAAGGUUCUAGAACUGCAAUAUCAUGACCAGGUCUGUAUCCCAAAGAUAUCUUUUUUGGGGAAAAGUCACAAACUUUUUGUGGCAUAGAAAAUGCCACAAACCCAAAAAUCAAAAGCAAAGAAAUAAUAAAAAUUAUCAUUUUUGUUAUUUUAGCAUGGAUUUUAACCAUAACCUAUGGCAUGAAAAACCAUUGUUGUAUUUCAAUUACAAAAAUUAAUGACUAACCUACGAAAAACUCACCCCUUAAUAAAAAUUAUUAACCACUCAUUCAUUGACCUACCAGCACCAUCCAAUAUUUCAGCUUGAUGAAACUUUGGUUCACUUUUUUCACGAUUCUUCACAUUUCACUUUAUUUUACCCUUUUUUAUCCUUGUACUAGUUAUCGUACAUCUUCUAUUUCUACAUGAGACAGGAUCAAAUAACCCAACAGGAAUUAAUCCUAGUUCAGACAAAAUCCAAUUUCAUCCUUAUUAUGCUAUCAAGGAUGCCUUAGGCUUAAUCCUCAUACUCCUUAUUUUAAUAUCAUUAGCAAUAUUCUCGCCAGAUAUAUUAGGUGAUCCAGACAACUUUACACCAGCUAAUCCAUUAAAUGCUCCUCCACGCAUUAAACCAGAAUGAUAUUUUCUAUUUGCCUACGCAAUCUUAUGCUCAAUUCCAAACAAACUAGGAAGAGUACUAGCUCUCCUAGCAUAUAUCCUAAUUCUACUAAUUAUCCCACUACUCCAUACAUCAAAACAAUGAAGCCUAGUAUUCCGACCAAUUUCCCAAAUCCUGUUCUGAUUACUAACAGCCAACCUUUUAACCCUAACAUGGAUUGGAGGACAGCCAGUAGAACAACCUUUCAUCAUCAUUGGUCAAUUAGCUUCAAUCCUAUAUUUUUCACUUAUUAUUUUUAUGCCAUUAGCAGGGAUAUUUGAAGAUUAUAUGCUUGAGCCAAAAUUUCCAUAGAACACGUCCAAGUAAUUUAAUAAAAAUACUUGUCUUGUAAGCCAACAAUGAAGGAAAACACCUUCCUUAGACAUCUUCAAGAAGGACUAAAACCCUACCAUCAGCACCCAAAGCUGAUAGUCUGUUUAAACUACUUCCUGAAAAAAAAAAAACGCAAUUUGUAUACUAUGUUGGUAUUGAAUUUUUUAAUAUUUAAAGAUUUUUUUGUCCUAUGUACAUGGAUUUAUUUACCCCUAGCAUAUAUCUCUGUACAACCUAUUACUAUAUUACUAAAUACAUAAAAUUAUUAAUAGUACUAUAAUUUUUACAGUAUAUGGAUAUCCUUAACCUAAUAUAUAUCAUAAUUUUACAUAAGACAUAUUAUGUAGAUGGACAUAUACAUUGUAUGCAUGGUUACACGGAUCGACUGACCUACUCUUUCUAGCAUAUCAUCACCAAUGGGAAUACCUCAAUCCUCCCCUCACGAGAAACCACCAUCCCGCCAUCUAAAGGCAAGACAUCCUUCAGAGGAGAUCCAUAUAUUGUGACGUACCUAAGUUCCUUUAUACGGGCCACUGGUUGUUAUCUCAGGGUCAUGAAGUUGUUCAUUGCAUUCAAACUGCCAUUCAAAAGGCAUUGCUGAUGUUUCGAUUACCAAUCACCUCAUACCGCGGCAUAACUGAUUCUAACAGGCAUGGGGGGAAGCCGUUUCCAACGGGUAGGAGCCUCGGACACCGAUAAAAUCUAGGACCUAGCAUUUAAUGCUGUUCUUAAAGCUCAUGCGAUUAAAUGAGUAAAAUAUAUGAAUGAUCUAAUGACAUUAUUAUAUUAUUAAAGUUACGCACAUACGUGUAAUACGCAGUAUUAAGGAUAUAUAUGUUAUCAAUUUCAAAUGGCAUAUAAAUCAGUGAUCUGAAGACAUGCUUAUAUUAUUUCCUUUCUACUAAGAUAGAUUAUUAAAAUAACUUUAAUAAAGCUGAUACACAAAACCUAAGGCACAAACUGGGAUUAGAUACCCCACUAUGCUUAGUCAUAAAUUAAAAUAGUUGAAUAACAAAACUACUUGCCAGAGAACUACUAGCUACUGCUUAAAACUCAAAGGACUUGGCGGUGCUCUAAACCCACCUAGAGGAGCCUGUUCUAUAAUCGAUAAACCCCGAUACACCCAACCCUAUCUUGCCAAUACAGCCUAUAUACCGCCAUCGUCAGCCCACCUUAAAAAAGAUAUAAAGUAAGCAAAAUUAUACUUCAUAAAAACGUUAGGUCAAGGUGUAGCAUAUGAUAGGGAAAGAAAUGGGCUACAUUAUCUAAUUUAGAUAAAAAACGAAUCACACUAUGAAAUUGAAUGUGCCUGAAGGAGGAUUUAGUAGUAAAUUAAGAAUAGAGUGCUUAAUUGAAUUAGGCAAUAGGGUGCGCACACACCGCCCAUCACCCUCCUCAACUCAAUCUACAAAAAUACCUAAUAAUUUACUUAAGUAAAGAGGAGAAAAGUCGUAACACGGUAAGUGUACUGGAAAGUGCACUUGGAAUAUCAAAAUGUAGCUUAAUUUAUUAAAGCAUUUAGCUUACACCUAAAAGAUUUCAGUUAAUUCUGACCAUUUUGAGCUAGCAAAUCUCAAAUAAAUUAUUUACAUGUUUACAUUUAAAACAUUUUAAUUCUCUUAGUAUAGGAGAUAGAACAGAAAUUAUAGACGCAAUAACAACAGUACAGCAAGGGAAAAAUGAAAGAUUAAUUAUUAGCAUAAAAAAGCAAAGAUUAAACCUUGUACCUUUUGCAUAAUGAUUUAGCUAGUCAACAUGGACAAAACAAAACAAAAACAUGGACAAAAAAUUUAAGCCUAAUAUCCCGAAAUUAAGUGAGCUACUAUAAAACAGUUAAUUAUGAACUAACUCCUCUAUGUAGCAAAAUAGUGAGAAGAUUUGAUAGUAGAAGUGAAAAACCUAUCGAACUUAAUGAUAGCUGGUUAUCCAAAAUACGAAUUUUAGUUCAACCUUAAGUUUAACACAAAGCAUAAGUACCUAAAGCAUAUCUUAGACUUAAUAGUUAAUCAAAUGAGGGACAACUCAUUUGAUAUAGUAGACAAACUUCAUUAGAGGAUAAUGAAUUAUUUUAAACCCAUUGUAGGCCUAAAAGCAGCCACCAAUUAAGAAAGCGUUAAAGCUCAAACAUAAAAUUUUAUUUAAUACCAUAAAACUAUCAAAACCCCUAUAAUAAUAUUGGACGAUUCUAUUUAAUUACAGAAGACAUAAUGCUAAAAUCAGUAAUAAGAACUUAUUCUCCUUGCAUAGGCCUAAGUUAGCCAACGGAUGACUCACUAACAUUUAACAAAUAUAGCAUUUUUAAACAACAACCAGUGAAUUACCUCAAUAAUUGUUAAUCCAACCCAGGCAUGCACUAUUAAAAGGACAGAUUAAAAAGAAUAAAAGGAACUCGGCAAACCAAAACCCCGCCUGUUUACCAAAAACAUCACCUCUAGCAUUUUAGGUAUUAGAGGCACUGCCUGCCCAGUGAGUUAACUUCAAGGGCCGAGGUAUCCUGACCGUGCAAAGGUAGCAUAAUCACUUGUCUCCUAAAUAGAGACUUGUAUGAAUGGCAAAACGAGGGUUUGACUGUCUCUUUUUCUCAAUGAAAUUGACCUACCCGUGCAGAGGCGGGUAUAACUAUAUACGACGAGAAGACCCCGUGGAGCUUAAAAUGACAACUUAAACUAAACUAUCUUACAACCCGAAGGGAUUAAUCUUACAAAAAUCUUUAAGCUGAAUUUUUGGUUGGGGUGACCUCGGAGCACAAAAAACCCUCCCAAUGAUAUAACUAAGACCAACACAUCUAAGUGCUAUUAAGCCAGUAAUUGACCCAAAUUUUGAUCCACGGAACAAGUUACCCCAGGGAUAAGAGCCCAAAGCGACAAUUAGGGUUUAGAACCUCGAUGUUGGAUCAGGACACCCAAAUGGUGCAGCCGCUAUUAAAGGUUCGUUUGUUCAACGAUUAAAGUCCUACGUGAUCUGAGUUCAGACCGGAGAAACCCAGGUCGGUUUCUAUCUAUAUAAU